AUGCCGGAGCCUAUCCUUAUCUCAAGCAUUGCUGGAACGGUCAUCAGUGCCGCUAUCUUGCUUACCGUGGGUGGUACGGCUGCGGUUGCGGCCUGGAGAUGGGGCGAGCAAUCACGCAACAUCAUUCGAGUGGCCUUUAACAAAGCUAAUGAGCAUGAAGUUCAAUUGUUUGAGAAAGGAAUCUUGCACGACACGCCAUUUCGACAGCUAGCUGGUCAAUAUGAAGCUUUAUUCGCGUCUUGCUGUUGUGGCAAUCCAAAAUAUCUCAAAGCAGCUCAGCGAUUGAGAGUAGCGUUGAGACGAGUUGUCGAGGAAGGCUUGAAGUUGCCGCCCUUCGGUUCCCCCCUCCUCUGUGAUGAUGAGAGUCCCAGAGCAGCUCACACUCCGAUUGAAGAGAGAGAUAACUGGGAGAUGCUUCAUCUAAUGCGUCAUCCUGACUUUCAAAGGAACGAAGUGAUUAAAAGAUUACGAGUGGAUAGAGGUUGGCGCGAUUAUUUUCGAACUCUUGAAGCUAGUGAGGGCGAUCUCCGAGGUGAACGACCUCCUGAAGCUGGCUUGACUGGACCAGCAGGCCCACCCGCUAGGCGAGCUGAUGAUGAACGCCACACCGAGAGGGGUGGAGGUUCAAGGCUUACAUCACUCGAUCUAGGAGGGUUUACAGCGGUAGGAGAGGGUUCAGUUGCGGAUGGUGUACCAGUAAGCGUUUUCUCUGGCGAUGGUCGAGCUUCGGUGCUGGGAUCUCCGGCCGGAGGAGAUCGAGCUUCAGGUAGAAGCUUGCAUUCUGAAGCAUUGGGAUCUCCUGCGCCAGGAAGUCGACGUUCCAGGAAUCCUACCGGAGCCCCACGCGGAGGGGAUCAGCCUUCAGCAGCUCUUACCGGAAGUCGUCGUUCUAUGUCUGGAAGUGCCUCUGCGUCCGCAACUGGGGGGGCUUUCUUUUCGAGAUCCAGACCGUCCCCCUCUACGGCAGGCGAUUCUGAGGGAGGUCUUUCCCGAGUGACUGAAAACAAUCAGCCUAGAGGAGGUCCAGCUGCACUAUCUCAAACAGAUCCUGCAGCACUGGAACCUCUUGCAAGGGACCGUCGUGACGCUAUGGCAACCACAAAUGCUUGGGUAGCCGCCCCAACAGAAUUUUUCGGAGUGGGUCCUUCAGUGAGAAGCAAUUCUGGAAUUGAAUUAGCCCAACAAAGCUCACUGUAUGAGAGGCGUCCUUCAUCUGAGAGAGCAUAUCAAGGCAGCUCUUCCGGACUGCAACGUCCUUCUCCACGAGGUCAUUCGACGAGGACUUCUUCUGAGAUGGAAUCUGCCAGAAGGCCCCGGCUUCCACGUAUUGAGUCUGCAUCUGCAGAAGCCGCUGAAAUGGGGUUGUCCGGAUUAGGAUUUGUUCCGGCGCGCCUCACUUCGAUGAUUCCCACUUCGGCAACGGGCAACGGUUUGGCAGAUCACACUUUGGCGGGUCUCAAAUCGGCGGGUCCAUCUGCAACAGAUCUACCGGGAUGGGCACGUUUUAGAAAAGACCAAUCCUUGGCGGGAUGCUCUCAAUCUGAAGUUCAGCCUGUGCUCCAGGAAGCGGUGAACUUAGCACGGGUAGGCUCAUCUCCACUACCUCCAAUUCAACCAGCUCCACCUCAGGCCGGCCUACCUCAAGCAGGCCCAAGUCACGUUACACCAACACCAGAAGGGCAAACAAGUUAUGUGCCCAGCUCAAACUUGGCUGCAAGAGCACGGGCUGAAGAGCCAAGCACACCCACACAGGGACGGAUGGCAGCCGCUGGAACGCAAGAAACACCUCACACUAGGAAUCGCAAUGGACCUCAAGGACUAAUACAGCAUGCAGCCACCAAUGCCGCUCGCCAACUUGAGGAGCAAGAGUCUAGUAGAAGAAGUGCGAGUAGGGCGGGAGUACGAGGUCCCGAAAUUCCUGGUCGAGGUCAUGAAAAUUCAAGAAGAGGCUCGGGGGCAUCUUCAGGUGCAGUGGCAACCCGUAUCCAAAGAGAAGAAGAUGCGGCAAGAGCUAGACAGCAAGCAGGCUCUCCCCUGCUGCCAGUCUCGCCCACGGCAAGUCCAAGUGGCUCAAUGGCUCAGAGUCCUGAGCGCCCAGCUGCCCGUCCGGUUGUUUCAACGCUUCAAUCGCCGUCCCGGAAUUACAGGGCCCCCAGCAGUCAGACAAUGGGACGUGGAAAAUGA